CAAGUUAGCCACACUAAAAUGCCAGCGGGAAGAUAAAAGUCGACUUUUUACAACAGGGUCUGACCGGGUCUCAACCUGAAUGACUGGAGUCCGGCUUUUAUUUUGAAGGAACGCACAGGAAUCUGUCGUGCUCGCGCUGCCGUGACUCGCUUUGAUAAAGAAACGCUACAGUCCACGGACGACAGAGAGGCGAUGCGCGUGUAACAGCAGCACGCGGGACACGGAGGACGAACCGUGGAUGUAAAAAGAAACCUGCGCUCUAUUUAUUUAUAAUAAUUACUAUUAUUGCUGAAGUUUUAGUCUCGCGUUGUCUUAUUGUGAUAAUUAUGAUCGUUACUUUGUCUCGAGGAGGUUUGAGGACACGCGGGUUUCUCUCUCAUGGUUCUUUUUUGUAAAGUGCACGUGAAUCACUUUGAUGUGAAGUCAGUGAGGUAACGUGCACGGAGUGCGCGCGCGCGUGAGGGAAGGUGAGAGGGUGAAGACGACUCACGCGCAUGUAUGGAGCGUUACUUUGUAACGAAUUUAUAAUAAUAAGUUUUUAAUUGUUUUGAAAAAGUGAGCGUGCACUUUUUGGGUUUUGUUUUUUUUUUAAAUCAUGGACCGCUGCGCGUGGUUGCUGUGGAGACGGACUGUCCUCGCGCUGUUGCUGUGUGCGCUCGCGGCGCGGGCAGCGGAGGAGGACGGUGGCUUUCAUGCAGAGUCAUGGCUGAGGACGUAUGGUUACCUGCCUCAGUCCAGCAGACAGAUGUCCACCAUGAGGUCAGCUCAGAUUCUGUCCAACGCCAUCACUGACAUGCAGCGCUUCUACGGCCUGGAGGUCACAGGUCACAUGGAUCCUCAGACCAUCAGGGCCAUGAGGAGACCACGCUGUGGAGUUCCCGACAAGUUUGGAGGUCAGAUCAAAACCAACGUGAGGCGGAAACGCUACGCACUCACCGGACACAAAUGGAGCAAGAGCCACCUCACGUACAGUAUCCAAAACUACACUCCAAAGAUCGGCGAGUAUAACUCGUAUGAAGCCAUCAGACGAGCCUUCAAAGUCUGGGAGGGCGUGACCCCACUGACCUUUGAUGAAAUCCCCUACCAGGAGAUCAAAUAUGGCCGCCGCAAGGAGCCCGACAUCAUGAUCUUCUUCGCCUCAGGUUUCCAUGGUGACAGCUCUCCGUUUGACGGAGAGGGAGGCUUCCUAGCCCACGCCUACUUCCCUGGCCCCGGAAUGGGCGGAGACACACACUUUGACUCAGACGAGCCUUGGACCAUCGGAAACCAGAACAUCCACGGUAACGACCUGUUCCUGGUGGCCAUCCAUGAGCUGGGUCACGCUCUGGGUCUGGAACACUCCAACAACCCUCUGGCCAUCAUGGCUCCGUUCUACCAGUGGAUGGAGACGGAGAACUUCCAGCUGCCGGAGGACGACCUGCGGGGCGUCCAGCAGAUCUACGGUCGACCGGACAGCAGCCCCACCCAGGCUCUGCCCACGGUCACUCCACGUCGGCCUGAACCGCGACCUCCUCAGACGCCGCCUCGUCACCCUGACCGACCCAGAACCACGGACAGACCGGACCACUACGGACCCAACAUCUGUGAGGGGAACUUCGACACGGUGGCCGUCCUCCGAGGAGAGAUGUUUGUCUUCAAGGGACGCUGGUUCUGGCGGGUCCGCAGGAACAGGGUUCUGGACAACUACCCGAUGCCCAUCGGUCACUUCUGGAGAGGUUUACCUGGAGACAUCGAUGCUGCUUAUGAACGACACGACGGCAGGUUCGUCUUCUUUAAAGGAAAUAAAUUCUGGCUCUUCAGGGAGGCUAAUCUGGAACCCGGCUAUCCACAGGAGCUGACAGAUUACGGUCGGGAGAUUCCGUACGACAGAAUAGACGCAGCCAUCUGGUGGGAACCGUCCGGCUACACGUACUUGUUUCAAGGAGACUGGUACUGGCGUUUCAACGAGCAGUCGCGCUCAGCUGACAGAGGUUACCCCAAACAGAUCAGCGUCUGGGGGUCGUCAGUGCCGUCCGGUCCUAAAGGGGCGUUCCUCAGUGAUGAUGGAGCUUACACCUUCUUCUACAAAGGUUCCAAAUACUGGAAGUUUGACAACCACCGCAUGAAGAGUGAACCAGGUUUCCCCAAGUCCAUACUCCGAGACUUCAUGGGCUGUAGUGUGGACCUGGACCCGGACAGAGACACGGACACAGACCCUGAGCGUAAAUACCCGGACGUCAACCGUCCGCCAUUCAACCCGGACGCAGGACGCGACGGCGACCAGGGCAAGGACGGCGGAGGCGGAGCCGACAAGGACGCGGGCAAAGGCUCGGAUGGCGACGAAGAUGAAGACUACCGAGAGGGACGGGAGGAGGACACCAACGAGGUGGACGUGGUGCUGAAGGUGGACGACAGCGAGGAGCGGACCAUGAACAUCCUGAUGGUGACCGUCCCGCUGGUCCUGCUGCUGUGCAUCCUGGGACUGAUCUACGCCAUCAUCAACACGCUGCAGAGCAAAGGGGCGCCGCGGCUGCUGGUGCACUGCAAGCGCUCGCUGCAGGACUGGGUCUGACCCUGGACGCCAGGAGAACCUGAACUGAGAACCUGAACUGGUCCUGAGAACCCGCUGAUCCUCUGAUCGACACACGUCUCCUCCGCUGAUCCAUCCGUCUCCGGCUCUUUGCCCGGCGGCUCGGCAAACUCUUAGAACAUGUGGUAGUAGAUCCAUGCAGAUGCUGCACACACACACACACACAGACACAUGCACGCACACUCACACACACAC